UGUUACUCUAAAAUCCGCCCUCAGCUUGCACGCCGGAAGCUGCGAUUUCUGCAGCGGAAGAGGCGUGAUCUGGCCUUCGACUAGCUAUGUCCACUAACAAUAUGUCUGACCCACGGAGGCCGAACAAAGUGCUGAGGUACAAGCCCCCGCCGAGCGAAUGUAACCCGGCCUUGGACGACCCGACGCCGGACUACAUGAACCUGCUGGGCAUGAUCUUCAGCAUGUGCGGCCUCAUGCUUAAGCUGAAGUGGUGUGCUUGGGUCGCUGUCUACUGCUCCUUCAUCAGCUUUGCCAACUCUCGGAGCUCGGAGGACACGAAGCAAAUGAUGAGUAGCUUCAUGCUGUCCAUCUCUGCUGUGGUGAUGUCCUAUCUGCAGAAUCCUCAGCCCAUGACGCCCCCAUGGUGAUAUCAGCCUAGAAGGGUCACAUUUUGGACCCUGUCUAUCCACUAGGCCUGGGCUUUGGCUGCUCAACCAGCUGCCAUCCUGGACUUCCCUGAAUGAGGCCGUCUCAAUGCCCCCAGCUGGAUGGAGGGAACCUGGCCCUUUCCUAGGGAACACCCUAGGCCUACCCCUCCUGCCUCCCUUCCCCUGCCUGCUGCUGGGGGAGAUGCUGUCCAUGUUUCUAAGAGUAUUCAUUUGCUUUCUCAUUGAAACCUGUUAAUAAUAAAGUUUUUCACUCUGGC